GCUGGAUCGAGUGUGGGUGCAGCGGCUUCUAUAUUUAGAUCAAGACAAUUCACGUGCAUCCAGUUCUAGCUAAACUACGGCGAAAUCCAUGCUGUAUGCAAAAUCAGCUCAAAUGAACCAGGCGAACAGACAAAACCAGUUGGCUUGGAUGUGAGCUACCCCCCUGCCCUCAGCACUUUAGCCAUCAGGCCUGGCUGGCUGUAAGACAUGGUCAGCUGUGAGACUCUGUGGAUCUGCCUGCUGGCAGUGGCCAGCCUGUUUGCCGGUAUUAACACACUUCCAAUUUCCCCAUCGGAGGUACCUCUCAGACAGGAGCUGAGCAGCGAGGAAGGGAUCCAGACGGGGCCUCAGGUCACUGCCACCAUGCAAGCAAAGGACCUGGAGAACUCCAGGGUUCAGAGUCAGGCAGGGCUGCCAGAGCUGGAUGCUCUGCUCUCAGCCAGGGAUGAGCCAGGAGUGGAGGGGAAUGACAGGGGGGCAGAAACAGCGAAGAAACCCCACAAAAAACAACCGGGUGUCCUGGAAAAUGGCUUCCAAACCAUCAGCAGGGAAGACAUGGCAAAUGCCUCAGAGCCUUCUCUGAGCAGAGCUGCUUCCUCAGAGAAAACCAGAUCAAGACAGACUGCAGCAACGGACAGCAUCCAGCAGUCCACCAGUUUGGUAUCAGAUAUGCGGGAGAGUGAAGCUGCCCCUAUCAACCCCAUUCCCCACCCUCACCUAAUCUCUAGCACCUCCACUGGAAAGAGUAGGGCAGGAGCCAGUCCAGCUCAGUCUGGGUCCCCUGAAGGCCUGGCUGGCCCCAUGGCAACUAUGGCACCCCAGGGUGGGCAUCCAGGCACUGAGCUGGGAGUCACUGCCCUCCCCUGGGCCCUACAGCUGAGUGCAGGAGUAAAGACCAGCAUCCCCAGUUCUACAGGCCCUGAAGCUGGAGUGACCCCCCCUAUACCCACGACUCCAACGAUAGAGACCAGGACUAGGGGAGAAAAUCAAUCUUUUCCGGCCCUUCCCGUUUGGCAAGACGAUGCAACGACACCCACACCCAAAGACAUUCUGUUGAUAUUUAAACCACUGGAUGAUACGCUGUCAGAGGUGGUGGUUACUGCUGCCCCAAGGGGCAACCAACAGGCAUCGCAGCUUUCCAGCAUCACAGUUGAUGCCCAGAACACCCGAAUGGGGCCUGAGUUCAUUGCCACGGUCACUGCUGAUGGAGGCCCCUCCCAAUCAGGGGCAGCCCCUCCUGCUCUGCCCAGUGGGCCCCUCCUGCCAUGGCAGACCUCUGGAACCAAGAUGUCGGAAGCACUCAGUCCUUCCACACUAUCUCUCUUCACUGCACUCCCUCCAGGACCCCUCCAGGACGAUAGAAUCUCAUACUCAAAGGAGCUUGGCUUGAUUGACACUCCAACUGGGACUACUAAAGAAUAUCCCAGUUCCUUAAAAAUCCAGGGACGCAAGACUACAGAACAAACCCCACUGACAACUGUAGUCACGGCAACGAGCAUGUCCCUGCUACACACACCAGGCCUGGAAGAACUGAAGUCUGAAGAGGAGCGUGAUGACGAGGAGAUGCCAAAGGAAGCAGGGAGUGAGGAAGAUGUGACAGAGGACACAGCUGUCGCCCCCAUACACCCCACCUACAGCCACAUCCCCUAUCACUUCCACCCAGGCUCCAUCUGGGUACAGCGCAACCAGGGCCUUGUGCACAGCUGGGUGGAAAAGAUCAGAGACAAGGCAGGUUAUGUGUCUGGAAUGCUGGCGCCCGUCGGAAUUGGCAUCGCCGGGGCACUCUUCAUCCUGGGCGCUCUCUACGGCAUUAAGACGAUGCGUCGCAAAAGGAGAAACGGCUACAAGCGCCAGAGGAGGAAGCACAGGGAGACGAGUAGCAGGCAGGACCGAGCGAUGCUCCUGGCUGACAGCUCAGAAGAUGAGUUCUGACUCGGCAAAAGCGCCUUCACCUCAGGUCCAGCAAGAAGACACACCCCUAACUCGGUUCCGCCAGUUAGUUUCUAUGGCAACGGCUGUGGGAUGACCCGCAUUGCGUGCCCUCUCUUUGGACCCUCAAGCUAGAAUGGAGCGGAGAAACUGAGAAACCCAUUAAGAGCUCUUGUCUCCUUGCCCACACUGCUGUGGAAAACAUCAGGGUUGACAUCCUAGAACAUCAUCAAGCUGAUGUAGCACAUUGCAGGUAACAGUGCUUAAUUAGCAAUUAAUUACCAAUGAGGCAUUUCCACACUCAGGCACCCAGAACUGCAAGCCCAGCUCUCCACAGAAGCGUUCCAGAUGAACGAAUAGGGAAUGCUUUUGAUUAAAUAUGGCAUUAUAAAAUGUGCUCAGUGUUUAUGAAUGUGUGGAUGUGCUUGACAUUCACUGGUAAUAAUGCGCACACGUAAGUAAUCAGAUUUACUGCAUUAGACAGGGGAGCCCCCUCUAGCCAGAAUGUAUAGAGUAGAUUAGAGCAUAGAAUCACACUCAUAAUGAAGUGCUUAUGUGUAAUUGUUGUUUUUAAAGGUUAUGCAUAUUGAGUGGCACAAAAGCAUAUGCCUUUGAUAAUAUCCAAUAGAAGGAUUAAAGUGACUCCUUUUUAUGAUUUCUGUAUGACAAAUUUGUAUGAUUAAUAUUGUAAAUUUACUGAUGCAAUUGGAAACUCGAUAGCAAAGCAUUUUAAUCUUUUGACGGUACAAUCCUUGGUCAAGUAACAACUAAAGUAUACUUUGCCCACUAAAGGUGUAAAAUAUGUUUCAAAUAAACAUAUUUAUUGAUAUUUAUAAUUUAAAAAAUAUUCUUGAUUUUAUUUUUUGGUAUCAUACUGUUUCUUAGUAAAAUUCUUAGUAAUCUAUAGGAGUGGUUUCCAAUUUUAUGUUUGACCCAAGAAUGAUAUUCAUAUGUCUGAAAUUUUGCUCAUGCACUCACCUUCAAAUGCUCUUAUCUUGCCAAGUAGAAGCAUGCAGAGAAUGCCAUCUGAGUAAUUCCUAUGCAUGCAUUAUGUACCAGAGUAAUAACAUAUAGCAUACUUGGAGUGUGAUUCUGCUGUAGCUGUACAGUGAAUGUAUGGCAACAGGCAUCGUGCUGCUCACAGCUGGCAGAUUACUAUGGCCAUUGUUGCAAGAUGAAAGCUAUACUGUAGAGCCAGGCUACACAGUGGAGAGAGCCCUCACAUGGAACUUUUUUCUUCAUGAGUCAUAUUCUGCAUUAGGGUAAAUAUUCACAUUUUCAGCAUUUGGAUGGGAAAUCAUCAUUGAGUGAUUUAUCGAUAUCAAGGAACCCUGCAGAACUGUGCUGUCCCACUGCCUUCUCUUAGUAUUCACUGGCCAUGGAGCACUGGAUGAUAUUAUAUAAAAGUAUUAAUCAUUCAGGUCAAAAUGGCUGACAUCUGCUUUCUUUACGUCUAAGCUCUUUAAAACUCCUGUUGGUUAAAAAGCUGUUAUACUGCAUUACGUUCUCAUAAUGUUGUUAUGACAUUGCAGAAACAUGUUGAAUCCACCUAGUCCCACUCAUGAAUACAAAAACAAGAAAAUAGUCUAAGGUGCUGUCCCACUCAUGAAUACAAAAACAAGAAAGUAGUCUAAGGUGCUUGCUUUGAAUGUCUGUUGCUUUGCAGCACUUCCUGAUAGAUGGAUGCCAGGGGGGCGUGGUCUCUCGGGGCAGGGUCAGCAACAUGAGUGGGAGGUGGAAUGAUUUUACUCUUCUGGUUAUUAUUAUGGGUAAUGCAUUAUUGUGGGUGGUGGAAUGAUCUUACUCUUCUAGUUAUUAUUGUGGGUAAUGCAACCAGUCUAGUGCCAGAAAAUGUAGCUGAAAUUUUGUGAAUACUAAUGUCUUUGCCCAUUCUGUUAAGCUACUGAGCUGCUUUUGUAUCUGUCCAAAUAAUACAAUAAAUGGCCAAAUGUGUAA